AUGCCCACCGUCAACGUCGACAAGGCCGAUCUCUUCGAGCUCCUCGGAAGGGAGUACACAACCGAAGAAUUCGACGAACUCUGCUUCGACUUCGGUAUCGAACUCGACGAAGACACCUCCCUCGACCCCGUCAUCGUCAACGGCGUCCCCGAGCGUCCCCUGUUGAAGAUCGACAUCCCGGCAAACAGAUACGAUUUGUUGUGUAUCGAGGGAAUCGCUACCUCCCUCAACGUCUUCCGCGGCAAACAGGAACCCCCGAACUUCCGUCUCGUCGAGGCCAAGGAGCCAAUCACGUUGACUGUCAAACCGGAGACGGAGCAGAUCCGGCCGUAUGUUGCUGUGGCUGUGUUGAGGGGUGUCAAGUUCAACCCGAGACGGUACAGUUCGUUCAUUGCGUUACAGGAUAAGCUUCAUAACAACCUUUGCCGUAACCGUUCUCUCGUGGCUAUCGGUACGCACGAUUUGGAUACCGUCAAGGGUCCGUUCACGUAUGAGGCUUUGAAGCCGGAGGAGAUCAAAUUCGUGCCAUUGUCACAGACGAAGGAGUGGAAUGCGAAGGAUUUGAUGGAGCACUACGAGCAGGAGAAGUCUCAUCUUGGGCGUUAUGUGCCUAUCAUUAAGGACUCCCCCGUUUAUCCCGUCAUUUACGAUGCCGAGCGUCGGGUGUGUUCGCUUCCUCCCAUCAUCAAUUCGGAGCACUCUAAGAUUUCGCUCGACACCACUAAUGUCUUGAUUGAGUGUACCGCGACCGACAAGACCAAGCUCGAGGUCGUUAUUAACACCAUGGUUGCGAUGUUCUCUGUUUACUGCGCCGAACCCUUCACCAUCGAACCCGUCAACAUCGUUUCGGAACACAAUGGGUGCACGCGUCAAUCUCCCAACGUUACCCCCCGCAAAACCACAGCCGAGGCAUCCUACAUCAACUCUGUCUGUGGUCUCAAGCUGUCCAACGAGGAAAUCUGCACUCUGUUGAAGCGCAUGUCUCUCGCCGCCACUCCCUCUUCUCAGAACGAUAUCCUCGACGUCUCCAUCCCCAUCACCCGUGCCGAUAUCUUGCACCAGUGCGAUAUCAUGGAAGACGCCGCGAUCGCCUACGGGUACAACAACCUCCCCCACACCUUCCCCGCCAACUCCGCUACCGUCGGCCAACCCUUCCCCAUCAACAAGCUCUCCGACAUCAUCCGCCGCGAAGCAGCCCAAGCAGGCUGGACAGAAGUAAUGCCCCUUAUCCUCUGUUCCCACGACGAGAAUUUCAGCUGGUUGAAUCGGAAAGACGACGGGACCCAGGCUGUCAAGCUGGCGAACCCGAAGACUGCGGAGUAUCAGGUUGUUAGGACGAGUUUGUUGCCGGGGGUGUUGAAGACGGUUAGGGAGAAUAGGAAGGAGGCACUCCCGAUUAAGGUUUUUGAGGCGAGUGAUGUUGUGUUUAAGGAUGAGCGUGAGGAACGUCGCGCCCGGAACGAGCGCAGAUUCUGCGCGGUUUGGGCCUCCAAGACGGCUGGGUUCGAGGUCGUGCACGGAUUACUCGACAGAAUCAUGCGUAUGCUCUCCGUGAACCCCACCGACAAAUCCUCGAAACAAACUGGAUACUGGAUCGAGGAGACGGAUGACGGGACUUUCUUCCCGGGUCGUGCGGCGAAUGUGUGGUAUUUGGGUGAAGAGAUGGAGGAGGCGGUUGUUGUGGGUGUGUUUGGGGUGUUGCAUCCGGAGGUGUUGGAGAAGUUUGAGAUUCCGUUUGCGUGUAGUGGGUUGGAGUUGAAUUUGGAAGUUUUCUUGUAG